CGUCUUUCUGCUCACCGUCUCCUUGCUGCUGGUCACCAUGCGUUACGCUCUUCCUCGCACUUUGGCGCACGCCGUAAACAGGCGGCCAACUCCCCAGGCGCGCAGUGUCGUCCUGUCGCUCAUCAAGGAGAAGCAGCCACUCACCGUCCAGGAGCUGUACAAUCUCGUCCAGGAGCAACAAGCUCAUGAGGCACCUUUUACGGCGGAGGCCGAUUCAGCAGAGCCUGUUAUUCCUUCGAUGAGGUAUCUCAAGCGGGUCAUACUCCCCGACCUCGAGCAGUCCGGCAAGGUCGAAAAGGCGCACACAAAACAGACCCUCACAGAGGCCGAGCUCGAGGCGCUCAAGGCGAACAUGGGCAAGAAGAGCAAGAAGGCGUCGACGCUCCCCUCGCACGUCCAGCUCUGGCGGUGGCAGCUGAAGGAGGCGAAGCCGCAAGAAGCCGCACCCGAGGAGACGAAGUUGUACGGGUCGGAGGUCGGUCUUGGGGCCGACUGGUCGCAUUUGAACAAGCGGCGGCAGCGGGGACGGCAGGAGAAGGUCAGGGAGGAUAUGAAGUGGCUGAAGCAGCUCAGGCAGGCGAGGGAGGACUCCCCGGCGUCAUGAUUUGGUUCUCCACGCGUAGAUUAUAUACAUCUUAAUUGCACAUCUUGCGCCCAC